UGUGAAAGUUGUGCCCACUUUACACUGACGGCCAGAGCAAUAGUUGAGCUAGGCCACCCUAAUCCCCCUUUCCUUCCACAUCACCCUCAUUCUUCCCGUUGUAUCUCUCCUUAUACAUCUCGGUCCUUACCGCUUCUCCAGCAAAUAGGGCUCAAAUAACGGUCGAGUCGGUUCACUCGUUCGUGCCAUCGAAAAGGUUGCGGUAGUCGCUCUUCAUAAAUGACAACAUUGAGCCAGAAUGAUUCCCCAUUCUCUCGGUUCUCCCGUGCUCUUGGUUUGAGCAACAAGUUCAAUACCAUAUCCCCUCGUUCCAAACUGCAGCCUUCCGUCAAAGCUAAGGAGAAUAGUGAAGAUUGGUACAUUCCAUACAAUGGCCCUUACGAACCACCAAAGCCCGUUAUUCGUCGCGAGAAGGAGAGGGACAGUUGGGGGGAUCCAAUAGAUGGAGAGGAUGAUGACCCUGAGGACCAUGUUCUUGCAGAUCCUGAACUGCAUAACAGAUAUGGGCAAAUUUCUUCCAGUCCCGAUUGGAGAGUAGGUGGAAGUGGAGGGGCAAAGAGGGGGAGGUCUAAAACACAGUCGGAAGGUUCAGUCUUUUCAGGGCGUACGGGCUCAUCUGGGGCAGUGGAUCCUGCCAGAGUGAGCAUCGGCGCUCCUCGUCGCUCUACAGUCUCUGGAACUCAACUCCCACCCGCUCCGCCGUUUCCGGGUCUUGACCUUACCGGAGGAGUUGGGGACUCGCCGGUACCACAUCUUCGAGGUUCUUCCACUAGUACUCCCACACGGAAAAGUCUCGUCAGCUUGUUCACCUUCAACUCCUCAAGUAAGAAAAAGCAUUCAUCCACAUCCAUGAAGCUCUCACCGGAUCCCAAUCGGCAAGCUGGAAUGUCCAUCAAUAUAUCUAAAACUGAUGAACAAACGGACGGGAGACCUUCCAACCCUCCCGUCACCGACAAGCGACCCGACACUAUACCUCCUUUACCUUCAGACCCAAAACUUGACGCUGAACCUCUUAAUGCAUCAAGUGCCACCAAUGAUGAGGAAUACUACAAUUCAUAUUAUUCUACCCUUCUAAACAUGUCCUCUAAUUACCAGCAUGAUUUCCCUAAUACAGGCGUCUCUGAUCCUUCUGAUCCCAACGCCAGGCAACCAACUCACAUACCAGAAUCGCAUUCCCCUACGUCUGAUGCAUCUUCUGCACUGCAUCCGUAUGCUUACACCUUCCUCUCACCUUCAGAUAUCCCUCAAUCCGCCCCUCCCAUGCAGAAAUCUCAUUUUCAGCCCAUUCUCGCAUUCCACGACUCAACGAGAACCGCAGUUCCCAAGACAUCUUCUCCCCGUAAUUUGCGCCACCUUGCUCUUCCAACACAAAACUCGUUAAGCCACUCUGCGUCCACACCUAAUUUGCGUGGAAAACCUCGACCUCCCUUCAAUCAGUCGCGAAGAAACUUCAAAGACCGGCUUUUAUCAGCAGAGACGUGGUGCGAUGCGGUCCUCUUCCCUCGCCCUCGCCUCAAAGUCAAGCGGGAUGGUGCAUCAGGCGAUAGCACUCCUUCGUAUAGCAGUGGUCGGAUGGUUAGUCCACCUGGAACUCCAGUUGCUGACUACUUUGGCAACCGGCUUGAGGCGGGUAUAGCUUCACGGGUGCUUGCGCAUUCCCGGUCACUGGUAGAUUUAUCUACCGCCCCUACAACAGCAGGUCCGACAACUAUAAGGCAGGAAAUACGACCCUGCCUGCCACUCCCGACUGAACCGAAAGUUGCACAAGAAAAAAAGCCGGAAGUGUUAAAUACCGCACCUGCGAGACCUCCUAGACCGAAGAGUUGGGCCCUUGAUGAUCUGAUGUUACCCAGUCCUGUUCCAUCGCUUUCAAGAGUACUUGAAGAAGGACAAAUAUUGGAGCACCAAAGGAAGAAGUGGCAAACUCAAGCCAUCAACUCCUUCCAAAAUGAAAGGGCACGCGCACUUUCACGUACUCGUACUAAGUCUCAACGAGGUAAAAAGCGGUCGGAAAAAGCAAAUCCCCUCGAAUACCUUGCAGCGCGAGGCCUUCUAGGAAAUCAGAACCCAAUACAUCUCCAUUUACCUUCACCACGUCCCCGAACGACCAGUGAAAGCGAUUCGAGAGGUGCAUGGACGGCAUCACACGGCCACAGUAACUCCUUGUCAAAGACUAUAUCAAAGUCGUCCAAAUCGCAUUCAAGGAACGAUUCCCUCGGCAAGUCGGCGAUCAAAAUAGCCAAGUCUACAGUCGCUCUGUGCGGGGGUGGAACCAUGAUCACACCUAUUGAGGAGAAAAGUAAGGACCAGACUCUAAUGGGAGUGGCGGAUGGAUUCGAUGGCGCAAUUCGAGCUACUGGAACGAGGGUUAUUAGGCUGGUUGAUCCUGCCCAAACGCAAACACCUUUCUCACCUAUCUCGCCUUUGGACACCUCUCGACUAUCACCUGCUUCGGCCAGUAAUUUCAGGGUAGGAAUCGCGUUAUCCACUCCACCCCCGCCGGAGGAAGCUGUUGAUAGAGAGUCGAUUCGACUUCCGGCUCAUCCUUAUGCUCAGGGGGGAUUCAAUGCUUCUGUGUCAAGCCCAGUAAAGCCGGCCGACAACGCGACGACGACUGAGUUUCCUGUGCACUCGCCGAUUUAUGGGUCUCAUCCAUACGCUCUAGUGUCUGCUGCACCUUCCAUAGACUCCUACUCAGGUGAAGGGAAAAUCAUACCGGAAGUACGGCCGGAUAGCAUGGUACCACCUUCCGAGAAGAUGUGGGCGCAGUGGAGUUCCGGAGUUGUGCGGGAGAUCCUGCCGUCGGAAUUGCAGUAUUCACCAUUCGUAACAGCCCAGAACACCUUGACCGGGGUCGAAAACGUUAACAAAGCGGCAUUCAAUCGGAAAAUGCGGAAUUCGAGUCCCAUUUACGACACAGCUGGUAUUGGGGAGGCUUUGGCGUGGGCCGCCCAUAGACAGAGUAGGGAUAGCGGCCUCGGCACAAGUGAGGAGCAAGGGUCAAGCAACUUUGUCAGAAAUAGUCAGACGAUACUCGAUCAUGAAGGUAUUGGAAUUUCUGCAGUAGCGAUUGGCGAAAAGUCAAGUGAGCAGCUGUAUGCUUCUCCGCGUCGGAUACCAGUCCAGUACGAUGCGUCUCGCCCUGCUCAUAUGCAUCACGCGCGUAUGAAUAGUUCUUCAGCACCAUCACCUCUUUCGCGAGUUCAACCAGAACUCGCGACAUCCUCGACCUUAAAGGUAGCCGCCCCUACAAGGAAUAUUUUAACUUCAUCACCAGGAGAGAGCAGCUCCAGUUCUUCACCACCGAUCUCACCCCCCGCCCUCGGAAACCCAGACGACUUGGAGAAUUACCGUGAUUUAUUCUACCGGCCCCGCGGGUUGUCUGUAGAUGGCACGACCCAACCACUCAACCCUCGUAGUCCGCUUCAUCAACCGAGUAACAUUCCUUGGGAUGUGAGGAGUCAAGGUACUACUCGUACAGGAAUCACCAGUAUCGUUCGUCAGCUGAGUGAGGAACUCGACGGUAGCCACGACGAAGACCUGCGCCAUUCUAUCAGUCUCAGCUCUAGAUCGAGUCUGUCAAUCCUGCGUCAAGAGAUUCCCGAGACAGCAUCUGUCGAGGCUGUGACGAGGGUGAAGCCCGUAGCAAACGAGCAUGACACAGAUGUUCCUUUCUAUCCUAGCAUUCAGGUCCCGGAGGAUAUUGAGACCUCGACGAGGGCGUCAUCUCCAACGUCUCCUAUUGACGAUGCUGCUUUAGGGGUUUACCGUCUGGGCAAUGUUGAACCGUCCUCGACGCCGCUGGCCGAGGCAAGCGAUCCCCGAUUGUCCUAUGUUGGCCAAAUGUCUUAUGCUCACGAGAACAUCCGCGACGAUGAACAUGAAGACGUAUUAGGGACAUCUCCUGUCUUCUCACGCAACCCGGCAACGGCACACUCUAGUUUGCAGCCACCUUCCGUGGACCCCACCAGAAGUAGUUAUAUGACCAGUAAUUCGGAGGGCUCUCGUAUGUCUGGUUUAUCAGACUUCCCAGCACCACCGGCUCAGCUUCUCACUCCCGCUCAUAUGUCACUCCUGAGCUCUUACUUUGAUGAAACUCUCACGGCUAGUGAGCUUGCUCAGGUCCAAGCUCAAGGUGUACACGCCAAACCUGGUACGCGGUCUCGCGCUGGAUCAGUCACGGCACUCGCAACGCUGGGGCGCAAUGGGAAUGGGGGGCACAACACGCCAGCAGACGGCCAGACACUGGCAGGUGAUCACCUGAAUAGAGAAAGGUCCUUGGAUGACAAUAAUCAUGUCAUUGACGAUCUCCUUGAGAAACUGUCACCUGUAUAGCCGACAGCCUUAUUUUUCCGUCUCUGUUCGUACUCAUUUGUCUUGGAAGUUGUGUGCGCCUUAUAUUUGUAGUAUCAUUAUUCCUUCAUGUAUCUUUUCGUCUUUCGUUCAUCAGCAAACAUCAUCUACUAUACUCGGUGGGCCAUCAUUCCCCUUUAUUCUUUGUAUUACCCAUUCUUUCUGCAUGUAAAUUGAUAAUCAUUUCAUUUUUGCUUCAUAGACGCAUCACGACCUCAGUCACUUUUGGGUGGCCCGGCCUGAUUAUUUCUUUUCUUCUCCGGAUUGACCCAUCUUUGCCAAUCGUAGACCUGUAACUGGUUGGUAUAUGUAUAUAACUUAGGAUAUACUCUAAGUACCCAGCUCUGAGCUUCAGGGUUAUUCAUUGUAUAUGACGCGAC